UCUGGCGCCUCGCUUGAGUAAAAUAACACGAUGACUAUAACAUCUCUCAACCCGUAUAAUCCAAAAUCCUUCUCUAUCCCGCUUAGAUGGAGGCUUCUGUUUUGAUUUCUACAGUUGUCGAUGGGUGUGCCCGCAGGUUUAUCAACCUUAAUAAUCGAUUAAAUGGCGCUUCGCGGUUUUCAGACCAGGUACCGGCGGGACUGAUAGCAGAUGAAUUCGAUCGCUUGAAGCUGUGGGCAGGUAACAUCGCAGCACACCGGAAGGGGCGCAGAUCACUCGAAAAUAGGCUUCGCGAUGCUCCUCAACUGAAAGAAGAUACCCUCGAAUAGCUGAGAUUUCUCUCUGAUAGUCAAGAUGAAGCUUUGGAGAUCGUCAAAGGCCAGCGCAUCCCCUGGGAUGAAGAAACUUUUUCAGACGACGACGGAGAUUGCUCAGAUGACAAAGGUAGCAAUUCUAGCAUUGAGGAUAUAGCUUUAAGAUAAGUUAAGUAGAGAGCUAGUUAUAAAGAGAACCUUAGUGCUUACUAC